UGAAAACGCUCCCCACAGUCCUUUGCGGUGGCCAAGAUGGCAGCGCCCAGAGGCUCUGUAAGCGACGUGGAGAGCAGCAGCAGCGAUGAGGAGGAGCUAGCACGGUGCCGUGAAGCGGCGAUGCCCGCCUGGGGCUUAGAGCAGCCCGCAAAGGGUCCCGGGAAACCGAAAGCCGGUAGGGGACUGUGCUCGGGCCACGAUGCGGCAGGUAAUCAGUUGCCAGUCACCCAGCCAAGCCUCAGGCAUAAGGUGGACGAGCAUGAACAAGAUGGCAACAAGCUUCAGACCACCCCUGAAUUCCGAGCCCACGUAGCCAAGAAGCUGGGGGCCCUGCUGGACAGCUCCAUCACCAUCUCAGAAGCAGUGAAGGAGCAAGCAAAGACUGGGGCGCAGAAAGCCCCCCCAGAGGAUGAUGGCUUCCGUCUCUUCUUCACCUCCAUCCCCAAAGGCCUGGAGAAGAAAGCUCCCCCCCAGCCCCGAAGGAAGCGAGUGCCUUCCAGCUCCAGCAGUGAGAGCAGUGAUGAGGAACGGCAGCGGUGCCGGGAGGCAGCCGUGUCAGCCUCUGCCAUCCUCCAGGGGUCCGCCAUCCACAGCCCUGGCCCUGUGGAGAAGAAGGUGAAGAAGAAGAAGAAGAAGAAAGCCAGGAAGGAGGCGAGCAGUGGCACGGCCGCAGCCAGCACCUCCAUGAACGUGGCCAGUGAGAAGCAGGGACAGGACUCAGCAGAGCUCUGCGGGGGCCUGACAUCACCUGGAACCAAAGAGAAGGAAAGAAAGAAAAAGACAAAGAAGCCCAGGGAGGCUUCCCCAGGCCCACCAGCAAGGAGUGAGCCUGCCGCGCCUGCAAAGUGACCCGGUCGUGGCACAGGGCCCAGUAGCUGUAGGACAGUGUCCCCUUGGGCACAGACGGUUUCCAAGCCCUGCCUCCCUCCAGGUUCAAGGGCUCGGCUGACCAGUCCAGACUCAGCCAUGCUCAGAGCUUGCCCGGGAGCCGGGGUGAAGACGUGAUUGCUCCAGGAUCUCGGCAGGGCUUUCCUACUGGGUUCUCUCUGGCAGAGGAACAAGGAGCCUUCCUGUCCCUCGGGACUAGUGGCCAGUGGUGAGGCCUCCACCACCCCAGUUCUGUCUGAGGUGAAGGGGUGAAGGCAGGCUUCCUUCCACUCCCGCCCUCAGCCAUUUUCAGGGAACUAUGGUGCGGCCCCUGGGGCGCCCACAUGGUCUUGAUACAGUACUGUCUGGAAAAAAGAGAAAGAGAGAGACGCCCUCCCCACCUCAGGUGUCCAGAAUUUUCUUCCUGUGCAUUUGCAAAGAUACCACACACAGUCAUGUCCCUGA